ACAGCGACAAAGCAUUCAACUCAACAACACAAAACACCAAAUUUCUUCAACUCUCUCAAAACCAUCAAACACCUUUCUUGGUUCUUGAAUUCUGAACCAUGGCAUCCAAAACUGAAGGCAAAGCUAUUGGCAUUGAUCUUGGCACGACUUACAGCUGCGUCGGCGUAUGGCAAAACGACCGCGUUGAGAUCAUUGCCAAUGAUCAGGGCAACAGGACUACUCCUUCUUAUGUAGCCUUUACUGACACUGAACGUUUGAUCGGAGAUGCAGCUAAGAACCAAGUUGCUAUGAACCCUCAGAACACUGUCUUCGAUGCUAAACGUCUCAUCGGGAGGCGCUUCUCUGAUCCGGCUGUUCAGAGCGACAUGAAGCUUUGGCCUUUUAAGGUCAUUCCAGGGCCUGGAGACAAGCCUAUGAUCGUGGUUCAGUACAAAGGGGAGGAGAAACAGUUUGCCCCAGAAGAGAUUUCAUCAAUGGUUUUGACUAAAAUGAAGGAGAUUGCUGAGGCUUUUCUUGGUCUGAAUGUGAAGAACGCUGUGAUUACUGUUCCGGCUUAUUUUAAUGAUUCACAAAGGCAAGCUACAAAGGAUGCAGGAGCUAUAGCUGGACUCAAUGUUUUGAGAAUUAUCAAUGAGCCAACUGCUGCUGCUAUUGCUUAUGGUUUGGACAAGAAGGCGUCGAGGACCGGUGAGAAAAAUGUGCUUAUAUUUGAUCUUGGGGGAGGAACGUUUGAUGUUUCAUUGUUGACCAUUGAGGAGGGGAUCUUUGAAGUAAAGGCUACUGCUGGUGAUACUCAUCUUGGAGGUGAAGAUUUUGAUAACAGGCUUGUUAAUCAUUUUGUUGCGGAGUUUAAGAGGAAACACAAGAAAGAUAUCAGUGGCAAUGCCAGAGCUUUGAGGCGUUUGAGGACCGCGUGUGAGAGGGCUAAGAGGACUUUGUCUUCCACCACACAGACGACGAUUGAGAUUGAUUCACUUUAUGAAGGUAUUGAUUUCUAUUCUACCUUUACUAGAGCAAGAUUUGAGGAAUUGAACAUGGAUUUGUUUAGAAAGUGUAUGGAGCCUGUUGAGAAAUGUCUUCGGGACUCCAAGGUUGAUAAGUCUCAGGUUCAUGAUAUUGUUCUUGUUGGUGGAUCAACAAGAAUUCCCAAAGUUCAGCAACUUUUGCAAGAUUUCUUCAAUGGCAAGGAACUCUGCAAGAGCAUAAACCCCGAUGAGGCUGUCGCUUAUGGAGCUGCUGUUCAGGCUGCUAUUCUGAGUGGUGAAGGAAAUGAGAAAGUUCAAGAUUUGCUACUUCUUGAUGUUACACCUCUUAGCCUUGGAAUUGAAACUGCUGGUGGAGUAAUGACAACCUUGAUUCCGAGAAAUACAACGAUUCCCGCCAAGAAAGAGCAAGUCUUUUCAACCUAUUCUGAUAAUCAGACCAGUGUGUUAAUUCAAGUAUAUGAAGGUGAAAGGGCUAGAACUAAGGACAACAAUCUUCUUGGAACAUUUGAGCUGAAGGGCAUCCCUCCGGCACCAAGAGGUGUUCCUCAGAUCAAUGUAUGUUUCGACAUUGAUGCAAAUGGUAUACUGAAUGUGUCUGCUGAGGAUAAGACUGCAGGGGUGAAGAACCAGAUCACAAUCACCAAUGAUAAAGGAAGAUUGAGCAAGGAAGAUAUCGAGAGAAUGGUACAGGAGGCGGAGAAGUACAAGUCCGAAGAUGAACAAGUGAAGAAGAAGGUAGAGGCCAAGAAUGCGCUAGAGAACUAUGCUUACAGUAUGAGAAACACAGUGAGGGAUGAGAAAAUUGCAAGCAAGUUGGACUCAGCAGACAAGCAUAAGAUUGAGAAGGCGAUCGAUGAAACCAUGGAGUGGCUUGACAGGAACCAACUGGCUGAAGUUGAUGAAUUGGAGGACAAGUUGAAGGAGUUGGAAGGAUUGUGCAAUCCUAUAAUUGCAAAGAUGUAUCAGGGUACCGGUGGAGAUGUGCCAAUGGGCGGCGGUCCUGAAAUGCCAAGCGGCGGUGGCUAUGGAAAAUCUGGGUCUGGUAGCUCUGGUGCUGGGCCUAAGAUUGAAGAAGUUGAUUAAAUAUGAAAAGUGACACCUGGGAAGUUCUGUUUCUGAGCAUUGCUCAUUUUAUUCUGUUUCCUCUUAUGCUUGAGUGACUUUCAUUUGAUGCAUAGGUUCAGAAAGCCGUGAGAGAUGAUAAAAUAAUG